CGCUUUAAAGCCUCCCGUCAUCUCCACCGUCUCCUCCCUCCCUCACUCCCUCCCUCCCCGCUCCGGGCAGACAGCGGGCGCAAGAUGGCCGAGUCCACCAAGGGAGUGAGCGCCGGCUUCAUCGCCAAGAACGUCCAGAAGAAGAUCAACCGGGCGCAGGAGAAGGUCCUUCAAAAGCUGGGCAAGGCUGAUGAGACGAAAGAUGAACAAUUUGAGCAUUGCGUGCAGAACUUCAAUCGGCAACUGACUGAAGGAUCUAAACUGCAGAAGGAUCUACGGACGUACCUGACUUCUGUGAAAGCUAUGCAUGAAGCCACCAAGAAGUUGUCUGAAUUGCUGGAGGAGAUAUACGAGCCGGACUGGGUUGGCAAGGAAACAGUGCACACCAUCUCAGAGAGUGCCGACCUUCUCUGGACCGAUUAUCAUCAGAAGCUGGUGGAUCAAGCUCUCCUGACGUUGGACACUUAUCUUGGCCAGUUUCCAGAUAUCAAAACCCGCAUAGCAAAGCGUGGGAGGAAGCUAGUCGAUUACGAUAGUGCCAGACAUCAUUACGAAUCUCUCCAAGGUGCAAAGAAGAAAGAUGAUGGAAAAAUCGCCAAGCCUGUCUCGUUGUUCGAGAAAGCUGCGCCACAAUGGUGUCAGGGAAAACUGGUGGCACAUAUCGUCGCACAGUCAAAUCUGCUCCGAAACCAGGCAGAAGAAGAAUUUUUAAAAGCCCAGAAGGUAUUUGAGGAAAUUAAUAUCGACUUACAGGAAGAGUUGCCAUCACUAUGGAACAGUCGCGUUGGUUUCUAUGUGAACACAUUCCAAAGUAUAGCUGGUCUGGAAGAGACGUUUCAUAAAGAGAUGGGCAAGCUAAACCAAGGUCUCGGCAAUACAAUGAAUCAAUUGGAGCAACAACAUGUGAACAAAGCCUUGCCAGUCAAGGGUGCACCCAGCACACCGGUGAAGCACAAAGUUUCCGAUGCUUCGCCACCAUUGGAAGAGUCUCCACCUGGUAGUCCCACGGUGAAGAGUGACAACCAUGUGUCUGCGGCUGCUGUGCCCACGCCGCACGCUCCUCCUCCUCCUGUACCAAGGUCGCCCUCCCAGCAAAGGAAAGGUCCUCCAGUGCCCCCUCCUCCAAAGGUCACGCCAUCCAAGGACAUCAAGCAAGAAAAUAUCCUCAAUCUUUUUGAUGACAAUUACAUCCCAGAGAUAAGUGUGACGACGCCUUCUCAGUUUGAGGCUCCUGGGCCUCUGCAGGAUGAAGGAACCCUCCUGGACUUUGAACCUCUGAAGCCAGAAUCUACUCCAGUAGUGAGGGCACCUUCUCCAGUCUCCCAGACUUUACCUUGGGAUAUGUGGGAGCCUGAAAAGAAUGCACCUAACAGCAUGUCUUCGGACCCCUCCCCUAGCUUGGCUAUUGGGGAUGGUUUUAGUGAGAUCACUUUUGCAGUGGACUGGUCGACACAGCCCAGUCUACUCGAGGAGAAAACACCAGUCGCUGCUGAAACGGUGGAACCAGAAUACGUCAACACUGAAGUUGUGGAGAAAGCAGCAGAAAUCUGUGCUGGUUCUACUACGUUGGAGGAAGACGCUGAACCAGUGUAUGCAGAUGUGGGACUGAAAUCUCAAACUGAACCUCAAACAGUGACGACUAAGGAUACCGUCCCAGCCGUGGUGAUAGAGCCUUCUGUAGAAAGCAUCAAUGAUGUUAUGUACGAAACUAUCCCUGCAAAGGAGGAUGAUAUGCCACCUGGGUUCCUGUUUAAGGUUCGGGCUCUGCACGAUUAUAAUGCGACUGACACUGAUGAGCUGAACCUUAAAGCGGGCGAUGUUGUCUUAGUUAUUCCCCAUGACAACCCAGAAGACCAGGACGACGGCUGGCUCAUGGGCAUCAAGGAAGCUGACUGGGCACAGAAGAAAGAUCUGAAGUCAUUUGCUCGUGUUUUCCCUGAGAACUUCACUGAGAGACCUCAGUGAAAAGCGGGUUGCCCGUGGAGGACCACCGCAGUGCGGGUGAAGGAAGCCCCCACGGAAACCCCCCCCGCAGCAGAGCAACUAUUUACCCUAAACUCCCCCUCCAGGAACGCAGAAGUUGUUGCCACUGUGUACAUUAGCGUUCAAUGUUUACUGAAUCUGGUCGCGGAGCUUUCGUCAGUCAGUUCGUACGCUCCUGAGCAGAUCUGGUCGGUCCCUGGAAGUGUCCAGGUCUUAUAACGAAACCGGCAACUUGCUCCCGUUUCACAUUUGUUGCAUGAGAAUUCUAUUGUGAUCAUUUGAGUGUGAAAGAAAGUCAAAUAUAUUUACGUACGAGCUAUCAUGGAUGCCUAAGUGAAAGGUGGAAGAAA